GUCCGUAUAACAGGGCAGCAAUAAACCCACUGAGGCGCCUCGGCGACACUGUUUUGCCGCCACUAUCCGCAACGUGUAUGUUCUCUUAAUUAUAGAGUAAUUAGUAUGGUAGUAGAGCAGCAGAGGACUACUGAAUUAUGAAGCAGUGUUCCAUCGGACCCUCCUUCUCGAGCAAUAAUUCCCACACUCGAUGCUGCUGUCACCCUUUUCAGUUUUGCUGCUCGUAGCAUUUUGGCUCGGCCUCUCAGAAAGAAAGGAAAGACGGUCCCCAGUCUGUGUCAGCUGUUGUCCAAGCACAUAUGGUGCAUUGUUACCAUUCCUAAGCCUUCUUCCCCAAGUCUUAGCUGCCCGUGUUAACCCACAGCGCACAUACGGUCUGUUAUCAGACAGGAUAUUAAUACCUUAAGACAUCAUUUCUUUCUUUUGCUUUAUUUUGUUGGCCAGACGAGCACUAUUAAGAUCUCCUUUAGCUUGUCCUCCCACUACCUCUGAGGUGGUGGUAGAAAUACGUAGGCCAUGGAGCCCAAUAUGGAGUACUGUCUGGCACAAGUGCUGCAGAAGGAUGUUGGCCGGAGGCUGCAGAUGGGUCAGGAGCUCAUCGAUUACAUUGCUGACAAGGGCAAGUCCCAUGAUCUGGAGCAGGACCAGACAGCACUGGACAAGAUGGUGGACGGCCUCGCCUCUUCCUGGGUCAACUCCAGCAACUUCAAGUUGGCUUUGCUUGGAAUGGACAUUUUGUCAGCCUUGGUGACAAGAUUGCAAGAUCGUUUUCGGACCCAAACUGGAACAGUUUUACCUAGCUUGAUUGAUCGGUUAGGCGACGCCAAAGAUCAGGUGAGGGACCAGGAUCAGACACUGCUGUUGAAGAUCAUGGACCAGGCUGCUAACCCUCAGUAUGUGUGGGACAGAAUGCUGGGGGGAUUCAAGCACAAAAACAACAGGACCAGGGAAGGAGUCUGCCUUUGUCUCAUCGCAACACUGAACACAUAUGGUGCCCAUGGCCUGACCCUAAGCAAAAUCGUACCACAUAUAUGUAAUCUACUGGGAGACCCCACUAGCCAGGUCAGGGACAGUGCCAUGAACUGCCUUGUGGAAAUUUAUAGACAUGUUGGAGAAAGGGUUAGGGUGGACCUCAGCAAAAAAGGGUUGCCACAGUCGAGGUUGAAUGUAAUUUUCAGCAAAUUUGAUGAAGUCCAAAGAUCUGGGAACAUGAUCCUCUCUUCAUGCUCAGAUAAGAACUUUGAUGAUGAGGACUCUGUGGACGGUGGCCGGUCCUCGUCUUCCUCUUCCUCCAAGGGCUUCUCCAGCAGCAGCAGGCGAGGGGGGAACGUGGGCUCCAUGAGACGCCCCAGCUCUGCUUCCGGGCCCCGGGCUCCAGGGAAGGAGGGGACCAGUGCAGGGGCUGUGGAUGAGGAGGACUUCAUCAAGGCUUUUGAAGAUGUCCCUGCUGUGCAGAUCUACUCCAGUAGGGAUUUGGAAGACUCCAUGACUAAGAUUCGCGAGGUGUUGCUGGACGACAAACACGACUGGGAGCACAGAGUAGCUGCACUGAAGAAGGUGCGAUCGCUGAUCCUGGCUGGAGCUGUGGAACACGAGGGUUUCCUUCAACAGCUCAGACUUAUGGAAGCUGCCUUCAAGCAGUCUGCAAAGGACCUGCGGUCUCAGGUGGUCCGGGAGGCAUGCGUCACCCUUGGGCACCUGUCCUCAGUGUUGGGUAACAGAUUUGACCAUGGAGCAGAGACCGUCAUGCCCACAUUGCUCAAUCUCGUGCCCAACAGCGCGAAGAUCAUGGCCACGUCAGGAGUGGCUGCCAUCCGUCUCAUCUUACGGUGCACACACUAUUCACGUCUCAUCCCCAUCAUCACCAGUAACUGCACAUCCAAGUCGGUGGCUGUUCGCAGGCGCUGUUAUGAAUUUUUAGACUUGUUGCUACAAGAAUGGCAGACAAAUACAUUAGAGAGGCAUAUCGCCGUCCUCACCGAGACCAUCAAGAAGGGGAUCCAUGAUGCGGACUCAGAGGCCAGGUCCAUAGCCAGAAAGUGUUACUGGGGAUUCCACGGUCACUACAGCCGAGAGGCGGAGCACCUGUUCCAGGCGCUGGAGUCGAGCUAUCAGAAGGCUCUCCAGUCUCACCUGAAGAGUUCUGACAGUAUAGUGUCGCUGCCUCAGUCCGAUCGCUCCUCUUCCAGCUCACAGGAGAGCCUCAAUCGGCCCUUGUCGGUGAAGAGCGUCGUGGGAAGCGGCAUGGCCAGAAGUAAGGUGGUGAGUUCCAGAGCACCUUCAACCCCCGGCUCCCUCCAGCGCUCACGCAGCGACGUCGACGUGAACGCCGCCGCGAGCGCCAAGUCUCGCAUGGCCUCUGUGCCCUCCCCUUCCCCGUUUGGCUCCGCCUCCGCCCUGCCCCCAGGGUCCUACGCCUCACUGGAUGGUGCAGCUGGUAAAACCGAGGGUCGUGUGAGGACAAGACGGCAGAGCUCUGGCAGUGCCGUGGGAGGUGCCACCACCGUGACGGACAGCCGUGGCCGGAGCAGAGCUAAAGUGGUCUCUCAGUCUCAGCGAUCCAGAUCAGCUAACCCCACUGGUGCCGGCAGCCGUUCCAGCUCCCCCGGCAAGCUCCUGGGUCACGCGUACGGCAGAGUGCCGCGGGCCAAGGCCGCGGCUACGCCGGCAGAACCGCGGACCAGGGUCCCGAGGAGCCAGGGCUGCAGUCGAGAGACCAGCCCCAACAGACUGGGCCUAGAUCGGUUCGGGCUUGUCCACCAGGCUCGCAUCUCUGCCUCGGUCAACGCCAUGAGAGUGCUGAACACAGGAACAGAGGUGGAGGCUGCCGUCGCCGACGCACUGCUGUUGGGAGACUCCAGGAAUAAGCGCAAGCCCCCGAGGCGCCGCUACGAGUCUCCGGGCAUGUACUCGGACGACGACGCCAACAGCGACGCCUCCAGCGCCUGCUCCGAGCGCUCGUAUGGCUCGCGCAACGGUGCCACCCCGCACUACCUGCGGCAGACCGAGGAUGUGGCGGAGGUGCUGAACCACUGCGCCAGCUCCAACUGGGCCGAGAGGAAGGAAGGGCUGCUGGGUCUACAGAAUCUUCUCAAGAGCCAGCGUGUCCUCAGUCGAGUAGAGCUGAAGCGAUUAUGUGAGAUCUUCACCAGGAUGUUUGCAGAUCCUCACAGCAAGAGAGUGUUCAGCAUGUUCCUGGAGACUCUGGUAGACUUUGUCACUGCUCACAGAGAGGACCUGCAAGACUGGCUUUUUGUCCUGCUAACUCAGCUCCUGAAGAAGAUGGGUGCUGAUCUCCUGGGCUCAGUUCAGGCUAAAGUCCAGAAGGCUUUGGAUGUCACUCGGGAGUCUUUUCCAUUCGACCAGCAAUUUAACAUUCUUAUGAGAUUCAUUGUGGAUCAAACCCAAACUCCCAACUUGAAGGUGAAGGUGGCUAUCCUGAAGUAUAUAGAGUCUUUGGCAAGGCAGAUGGACCCUGCAGACUUUGUCAAUUCCAGCGAGACCCGAUUAGCUGUGUCCCGGAUCAUCACCUGGACCACAGAACCCAAAAGCUCUGAUGUCAGAAAGACCCUUCAUAAUUGGGCGAGUGAGGAGUUAUCAGGCAGGCCCAGCACUACAGCUCUUCUUCCUGGAGAGGCUAACCUGGAGGAAAGGUGUAAGCAGGCUGCCCAGGUGGUGCUGAUCUCUCUCUUUGAGCUGAACACACCCGAGUUCACCAUGCUCCUUGGAGCUCUGCCCAAAACAUUCCAGGAUGGAGCCACCAAGCUGCUGCACAGCCACCUGAAGACCUCCAGCACCCCAGCUGGAGUGAGUUCUCCUAGCAACACCAUUGGGCGCACGCCACCCCGGCAUCCGUCCAGCAGGGCGAGCCCUCUCACGUCCCCCACAAACUGUUCCCAUGGUGGCCUGUCGCCCAGCCUGCUGGAGUACGACAUGGAGAACAUGAACUCGGACGAGAUCUACAGCUCGCUGCGUGGCGUGACCGAGGCCAUCCAGAGCUUUAGCUACCGUAGCCAGGAAGACCUGAACGAGCCCAUCAGACGUGAAUGCAAGAAGGAUGAUGCCGUUGGGAGAGAAGCUGCGUCCCCCGGGUGCGAUGCUCGCUUGGGCUUGGACGUGGUGGACGGAGGCCGAACCGCCCUGGACAAUAAGACCUCCCUGCUAAACACACCCUCUCCCCGUGCUUUCGCUGGGCCCAGGACACGCGAGUUCGCGCCUUACGGCUACGGAGAAACAAUCGGUGGUUAUGAUAAGAGUGCUCUAAAAGAGGCCGUCUUCGACGACGAUGUGGAGCAGUUCCGUGACUGCCGUCGGCAGGAGACUGCUGAGAACAGGAUGGUGCUCUCCAAGGGCUUUGCUCCUGAUCUGGUGGCAGACCUGCUGAAGGAGUUGUCCAAUCACAAUGAGCGGGUGGAGGAGAGGAAGGCAGCGCUGGUGGAGCUUCUGAAGAUCACACGGGAGGACAGCCUGGCUGUGUGGGACGAGCACUUCAAAACCAUCCUGCUGCUGUUGCUCGAGACGCUCGGAGACAAAGAUCACACCAUCCGGGCCUUGGCUCUGAGAGUGCUUAAGGAGAUAUUGAGGAGUCAGCCUGCCCGCUUCAAGAACUAUGCAGAACUCACCAUCAUGAAGACAUUAGAGGCUCACAAAGACUCCCACAAGGAGGUGGUGCGGGCAGCUGAAGAGUCUGCCUCCACCCUGGCUGGCUCCAUCCACCCCGAGCAGUGCAUCAAGGUCCUGUGUCCCAUCGUGCAGACUGCAGACUACCCCAUCAACUUGGCGGCCAUCAAAAUGCAGACUAAAGUCAUCGAACGCAUUUCCAAGGAGUUCCUCCAUCAACUGCUGCCUGACAUCAUCCCUGGACUCUUACAAGGCUACGACAACACAGAAAGUAGUGUUCGCAAGGCCAGUGUGUUCUGCCUGGUGGCCGUCUACUCUGUGAUUGGCGAGGAGCUGAAGCCGCACCUGUCGCAGCUCACGGGUAGUAAGAUGAAGCUGUUGAACUUGUACAUCAAAAGAGCCCAGACCACCAACAGCAACAGCAGCAGCUCGUCGGACGUGUCUUCACACAGCUAGCCCCCGCGUGUCCAGGGCCCUGCACUCACGAGUGGGAACUUGGCUGUGCCUACACUACACUGCUGUUCCUCUCUUACUGCUUUGACAUCUUUCUUUGUCCAUAUUACGUUGCCAUCUGUUAUACUUCUGUGGGUUGUUCUACACAUUUCUGGCGAUUUCCUUCACAGUUUCUCUCUUUUUUUAAAAUGUUAUUUUCCACUGGAUUAUACGGAUCAGCUCUUCCUUGACUGGCAUCGGUUUCUAGGUUAAUUGUAUUUUCUGUUUUAAAGCGUAGACUUUCUUCAUCUCUGAAGAAAUGUCUUCAUAUUUAAAUCUUGACAAGUCUUGAUAUUUAAAUUUAAUAAUGCAGUGGUUUUUUUUUCUUCCCCAAAUCAGUAGCGUUUAGUUACAUUGUUUGUUUAAUUGCAUAUGACCGCACCAUUUGGAGGGACCGAUUUAAAUGGGGAUCAGCUGUUUGUCAGAUGUUUCACUUGAAUCUCAGUGAUGGAGGAUCAUUUGGCUGGCCGAGUGAUUUUAAGUAUAAUCAUAAGAAAAGAUGAAGCGUCAUUGGUUCAGCUUAAAUGACAACCAAAAAAAUGUAGAACAAAAUGUGGACCUUUGUUUCCAUUAGUAUCCGAACAGCACAGAAACUAUUAUGGAAAAACUUUUAUCUUCAGAUUUUGUUUUAUGUGUGUUAUCGAAGGCCGUUUUAAAGUGUAUGAAGUUGUAUUAUAUUGAGUUGCUUUACUUAAGAUGUGAAAAAUCUUUUUUUUUUUUUUUUUAAUGUUUUGUUUUUUAAGUGUUUAUGGUCAGUUAUGCUUCUGCCAUAGUGGCACCAGUCCACAUGAUGGAACAAGAGAAACUACUGAAUGUAGUUGAAUCCUCCAAGUCCUCCCAGGAUUUUCCAUAUCUGUAGAAAAUGUAGAGGAAAUAUUCUGCAUAAAAUGUUGGUCAAAUCACAUGUAAACAGCCCACACUGGAAAUGCUCUUGCAAAAAAACAACAACAAAAAAAAAAGACUUAAAAAAAUGGCAGAGCACAAAGUGGCAGAAUCUUUGACUGAUUCUGUAGAACCACGAUGACGAGUCCAACACAGCUUUGUGCAGCUCUUGAUCUGUAUAAGAAUGGAGCGGAUAUGGUUUAGGAACUGAAGUUCUGGCCUGAUCACAAUGAUGCGUUAAUUCAUCAGUGUCAGCAGAUACCCAAAAUAUUUUUCAGCAACAGUUGAAAGAAAAGGCUGCACACGUUAUUCCUACAUUCAUAAUACAAGCUCAUGGACUCUCCUGUUAUUGACAGCAACAGCAGUUUCUUUUCAAAUCUCUUUAAAGCCAUGGUUAACACACAUUUCAAUGUCGAAUCCUGGGUGGAAAACAGAUAGUUUAAGAAAACGUUUUGAACAAAAUGACAAUCUGAAAUGUAAAUUGUUUUCAAAACACUAAGUCGUAAAGAGCUGGAUGAAAUAUUUGUUUGUACGAGCCAUAAGUGUAAUCAAGUUACAUAUGAGGCACACAGGUUCACAGCCACUUGACUUUAAUACACCGAAAGGAAACUGCAGAGCUUGACGAGUUUUAUUUGAGUAAGAAAAAGAGAAUCUCAGUUAAAGGACUUUACCAUUCCCACCAAUACCUAAACCAAGUACAGAAUGUUAAAGUUUAUAAUAACCUUUAAUGCUUACAUAAAAACGUACUGCUUAUUGAACUUAACAGAUUUAAACAAUUUCAGUGGUCCAUGUUUUGAGGAUGGCGAACACUACUAGGUCUUUUAGUUCUCAUAGUAUGUUUAGUCCACUCUGUUGAGUGUGCACUCUUAAAUGUGAAAGCAGUGCUGUAAAUACAGCGCAUGGCCCGAUGCCCUGUGAAAUCCCAUUCGAUUGGCACUAAUUAUAUCUUCCCUUCCUCUGUGCAGCUUUUGCUAUCAGGUGUUUUUUGUACAUAAAUUUCAGUCAUCCCCAUUUUCUCUAACAAAAAAAGAGCAAAACUCUUGGGUUUUGCAACUUUUGCAUGUUAGCAAAUAGCCUGCAUGCAACAGAUCACGCUGCACUGAAGCGAGUCGCCUUGCUGCUGAUAUAGACAGCCUGCUUCUUCAGUAGCGUGGCCGGUCUGUAAAUACAGUGUUGUUGGGUUUCCCUUUUUUUUUUUUUUUCUUUUUUUUUUUUUUUUGGGAGGUAACCAAGUACAAAAUUCAAAUAGGACUCAAUGACUCUACCAAACGUUCAUGUCUGUUCCUCCAUGCACAUGACCAUAAUAACAUUGAAGGACAGGCAGGGAGGGAAAUCAUCCUAGAUUUCAUGUGAUACUGCAUACAGGGCAUGUGGCUUUUUACAAAGGUACACUGUGUGUGCGUGCCUUGGUAAUAUGAGACUUCUCUUUGAAUGGCCAUGAACUGAUUCAGAACAUGGGCCAUAGAAAAAUCUUUAAUAUUGUUUGAACUAGGGUCCAAUUUAAAAGGAGCCACCUUUGAAGUUUAACACUGCGAGUAUUAGCUUUAAGUCCACCAGUGGGUCUCUUGAUAAUCUGUGGAAAUAUGGAGGCACAGACAGUAUUUCAACAAAUUGUUCUGUUAUAAUUUUUGUUUUGUCAUGUAAUGCUCAUAUCUGUAUUUAUACAUUUAUUUUAUUCUAUCAUGACAACUGUACAGUUGUGGUUUUUGGGUUUUGUUUUUUUUCCCAUUUUUAAGGGCCACCAGUGAUCGAUUUGCAACCGAAGUCUGUUUUGCCCUAGAAAUAAACCAACCUGAAAGUUUA